ACUCAUUGACGUAAAGCCAUGCUAUCACAGUCUCAUAACGCAACACCAUGAAAAGAUCCUGUCUGUUAGUCUUAGUAGCAGGUCUGCAGGUGAUAUCUUCACAAACACCCACAGAUGACGAUGAUGAUUUGAAAGGACCAUUUUCUGCAAACAAUCCACGGCAAGGACCAUUCAUAGAGCCGUAUCAAGAGAGGAUACCGAGGCACUGCUGGGGACCACCGCCUGAUGUGAGCCCGUACGAGUGCUGUCCCAUACCACAAGUUUUUACUGAUGAAGAAAUGAUAGCAUGUGGCAUAGAAAAACCUGAUCGAGAAAACCCGCCACCUCCAAAAGAACAGAUUGCAGAUUGCUCACAUGGCAAGUGUCUGAUGAAAAACAAGGGUCUUCUAACUGAUACAGAGGAAAUAGACUACGCUAAAACUAAAACGUUUAUUGAAGAAUGGGCUAAAGCGAACCCGGAUUAUGAAGACGCCAUCAAGAUCGGGAUAGAGAAGUGUGUUGUGGAAGGAGGACCACAGGUCAAGCAUAGCAAGUGUGAGGCGGACAAAAUUUUCUUCUGUAUGACUUCUACUAUAUUAUGGAACUGCAAACUCAGGCAAGACCUCCAGCAAUGCACGGUCUUACAAGAGCACAUGGAUGAAUGCAGACCCUACUAUAUGCAGCCACAAGAUCAACAACAGUGAUGGAGAUAUUUUUUUACUUUAUUAAAGUGAAAACAUAAAAUAUUUUACAAAGUUAUACAAGAA